AUGUUCUCGCGACCUACUAUGCAGCUAUCGGUGCGCGUGUGCCGUGCUAUGCCGGCGACAACUCGUACACCCUCUAAGUCGCGGCUCCUUUCCUUGAGCGCCGCGCGUUUUGCCGAGAUUGAAAAGAAGCGCCUCUCUGACGAGGUCCCGCGCGCGGCGCCCGCGCCCAAGAACGUCGCCAACGAUAAGCGCAGCAAGGUGUCGGAGCGCCUGCAGAAGCGCGCAUCGAAGAAGGCGGCAAUGACAUUGACGCCCAAGGCUGUCGAGCAUAUCCGUGCGCUGCAGCACAGUGCCUCGGGCCCGAAGCUGAUCCGUGUCGGCGUGCGCAACAAGGGCUGCGCCGGCAUGAGCUAUCACCUCGAAUACAUCGCGCCCGGCCAAGAGGGCCGCUUUGACGAGCGUGUGCAGCAAGAUGGUGUCGAGGUGCUGAUCGACUCCCGCGCCCUGUUUAGCAUUAUUGGCUCCGAGAUGGACUGGCAGGAGGACAAGCUGUCUGCCAAGUUUGUCUUUAACAACCCCAACGUGAAGGACGCGUGCGGCUGUGGCGAGUCGUUCAUGACAUGA